AUGCCGGAUGAUGACGACAUGGAGUUUCUGGAGGAGGCUGAGUUUCAAAAGAUCCAGGAGCUGGAGCGGCAAGAGGAGGAGCGGCGUUGCCCCUCCCUAAGGUCGAUUCCGCGCUUCUACGAGCGCAAGGCAGCGCCCUUGGACGAGUCGACCAGCUUGCGGCCACGCGUUUUGCGCGAAGCGCGAAGCCGCCUCCUGCAGCGCAAGAGCUCCCGCGAGCUCCUUGACGAAGAGGACCUCCACAUGAUCUUGGUCUUGCUGAAGGAGCAGGCGCGCCGGCGCCGCGAGACCCUCGAGGGGCAGUCGGACGUGGAGGUCAUCGACUAUGUCGGCUUCUGCAAGAUACGCAAGGAGCUGCUGGGGCGCGGCGAGCGCUUCCGCCAGUACUUUCUUCCCACGACCUUCUUGAAGUUCCCGCGCGACCAGAGCGGCUGCAUCGCCAUCGUCCCCUUCUUCACCUUCGUGGUGCGAAAGGUGAACCUCAAGCAGACGAGGGUGCAGCUUAGCUACUACGACGCGCUGGGGUGCGGCUUUCUCAGGGAGAAGGCCGCGGGUGCGUGGUGA